UACCCUUCUCAGGAAUUCCAGUACGGUGCAUAAAUAGACCUGGUUCACAAUUGCUGGGUGCAAAUGGCCGAGAUGAUGGCCCAAUAAUCACACCAUGCUCCAGAGAUGGAAUUAACAAAAUUAUAUUAUCAGGAUGUGAUGCUCGUGUCUUUUGCUUGGGGGUUAGACUUGUAAAUCGCCGGACUUUCCAACAGGUUCUCAAUUUGAUCCCUAAGGAGGCAGAUGGUGAGGUAUUUGAUGAUGCUCUUGCUCGCGUUCGUCGUUGUGUUGGUGGUGGGACUGCCACUGAAAAUGCUGACAGCGACAGUGACCUUGAAGUGGUUGCUGAUUUUUUUCCAGUCAAUCUUCGAUGCCCUAUGAGUGGUUCAAGAAUGAAAGUCGCCGGAAGAUUCAAACCUUGUGUGCAUAUGGGCUGCUUUGAUCUUGAAGUCUUUGUUGAAAUGAAUCAAAGGUCGAGGAAGUGGCAAUGCCCUAUCUGUCUCAAGAACUACUCCCUGGAGCAUGUGAUUAUAGACCCAUAUUUUAAUCAGAUCACUUCUCAGCUGCGAACUUGCGGAGAAGAAGUGACUGAGAUUGAAGUAAAACCUGAUGGUUCUUGGCGUGCAAAGGCAGAAUGCGACCGGAGGAAUCUUGGGGAUCUAGCGCGGUGGCAUUUACCUGAUGGGAAUCUCAUAGAAUCUCAGGAUAUAGAGCCAAAAACCAAGCCUGGAAUUCUUAAGCGUGUUAAACAGGAAGGAGGCUCUGAAAGCCACAGUAGAUUAAAAGUUGGGUUGAAGAAGAACAGAAAUGGUUUGUGGGAAAUUAGCAAACCUGAAGAUAUGCAGACAUUGCCAUACGAAAAUAGUGUAAGAGAGAAUUUUGAAAAUCAGAUUCAGGAUAUCAUUGCCAUGACCAGCAGUGCCACUGGUAGCGGCAAGGAAGGUGAAGAUCUCAGUGUUAAUCAGGAUGGG